CACCUGUCGGUGCACCGCCUCAGAAAAAAAUUUGCAAUGGCGGCGGUCGUCAAAAAAUUCUUGAUUUCUUCGGCGCUACGCCUGCACAAAGGCGCCGCGCCGUCGCUGCACAAAUCGGGGCACGCCAUGCGACAGGUUCGCCACCGCGUCUGCUACAACUCCGGUGCCGUGCUGCCCGAACCAGAGAAGUCUGGCUUCGGCUUCCUGUGGGUGCUUCUGACGGUGCUUCCCGGUCUCUACGUCGGCGCUACCAUCAGCAAGGAAGGCGCCGCGUUUUUGGAGGAGAACGAUAUCUUCGUGCCCGACGACGACGAUGACGACGGCUGAAAAUGGACGAAUGACGUUUAUCUUGCCGCAGAUCGGCGUUGUCGCGAGACGUCGCCGUUCUUGCGCCUUCUCUCACUUAGUGCCCUUCAGUGCGCCGUCGAAAUUCGACCAGCUCGCCAACGCAAGGAGCUUUUCUCUCUUCAACUAGUCCAGGUUCACGCGGUGUGGAUAUUUAAGACGAAUUCAUGAAACACUGGUGUCUGCGCUGCUUCCGAACGUGAAUUACGUUACUACUGUAUAUCGUAGAAAAUAGAUACCAAGGUUUACGCAUCGUACGUUCCCGUCGAAAUAAACAAAUAAAAGGUUAAGAAAAGCACUCACAAGA